AUGGCUUAUGAACACCAAGGCCUGGCGGGUGUGCCAAAGCAGUUCGUGCUUUGCUUCGAUGGUACCGGAAACAAAUUCGCCGGUGACGAGUCCGAUAGCAAUGUGCUCAAGAUCUUUCGCAUGCUUGACCGCAGCAAAAGUCACCAGUACCACUACUAUCAGCCGGGCAUUGGCACAUAUGUGACCUCAAAGUCGCUGACUAGCCACGGCCGAAUCCAGCGGAUCAAGUCCGCCUAUCAAAAGGCCAAGGACUCGGCGGUCGGGUCUUCCUUUGAUGAGCAUGUCAUGGGUGGCUAUAAGUUCCUGAUGAGAUACUAUUCCCCUGGCGAUGAAAUCUUCUUCAUCGGGUUUAGUCGUGGUUCAUACAUCGCACGAUUCCUGGCAGAGAUGCUGGACUAUAUCGGUCUCCUCGAAGCAGGAAAUGAGGAGCUGGUCCGCUUUGCUUGGAAGACAUUCGCCAAGUGGCAGCAGCGAUCUGACGAUUCGGAAGAAGAACGCGAAGAGAAGCAGAAGCUCUUCGCAUACAUGAAGGCUUUCCGUGAGACGUUCAGCCGUCCGAUCUCGCGUAUCCGUUUCAUGGGUCUCUUCGACACCGUCAACAGUGUACCGCGCUUCGAGACCGCAUGGAUGCAGCGCACCAAGUUCCCCUACACGGCACGCAGCUCGGCCAAGGUGAUUCGCCAUGCCGUGGGUAUUGACGAGCGCCGCGCAAAGUUCCGCCAAGAUCUGAUCUCUGGGGCGCGCCCUAAGGAGAAGAAGAAACACCGCCGCCACCCCCUUUUGCCCACAACCCAUCUAAACCUCUUCCACCAGGACCAAAAGGAGAAGCCCCAGGAGGAACACUCAGACAACGUUCCUGCCAUUCGAGUCAAUGACAACCCGGAGGCGGAAGAGGAGAAUGGGGAGAAGGUCGAGCCUGAGUCUGAUGCCUUCAAAUAUGGGCCCAGCACUGGAGAGACAUACUACCACACCGGGCGGCGUGGCUCGCAUCACCAAGCUUCACACAAAUCCUCGCAUCCACCCUCCCGCACGGGUAGCGAACGCGGAACAAAGCAGCCCAACAAAUACCGCACACCCUCUCCCCGACGCAGGCUCGCUGUGCCCAAAGCAUCAAUGGACGAUCUUCACGCUGUGCGAAGCAGAGACUCCUUCCAAAGCCUGCAUUCCAACACCCUAUCCGUGCAAAUUCCCAUCGUCGAGGUCGAUUCAAGCGACGACGACGACGACCAAGACAUUCACGAGGUCUGGUUCCCAGGCUGCCACGCAGAUAUCGGCGGCGGGUGGACGCUCUCGGACGGCGAGACAUGGGCGCUCAGCCACGCGCCACUCGUAUGGAUGACACAGGAGGCACAGAAGGCCGGACUUGAGCUGGACGAGCGAAAGAUGAAACAGUUCCAGUGUCUGGAGGAGUAUGACGGUGAUUAUAGUUCCAUCCGGGAAGAAAUUAAUACCCGGCGGCCGAAUCGGUGCGGUGAGCCUCGGGCUGAAAACGAUGAUGCGUUCCGCUCUAUACCGGGGGCGAAUGAGCGCACUGCUGCAAGUCGCGACUUCUGGCAUGCGCUGCACGCCUCCAGUACGAAGGGCUUAUUGCAUGACUGUCUGAUGUUCAACCAGGGCAUUCCUACUAUGUCGGUUAUUACGUGGCGCAUAAUGGAAUGGUUGCCGUUCCGUCGUAUGGAUCUGCAGCCUGAUGGGUCGUGGAAGCCGAUUAGCUGGCCGUUGCCUCGUGGUGAGGUGCGGGAUGUUCCGCUGAAUGCGGAGAUCCACGUCUCUGCUAUCCGGCGUAUGAAGGCAGAUCCCAAAUACCGUCCUGGGAAUCUGAUUGUUGGUGGUGGUGGUCGUGGUAUACGUGUGGCACCGGAGAAGUAUGGUAUGGGUGAGUGGGUGGUGUCCAAGCAUGAAGGUGACUGGGUGCGGGAGACCUACGUCCGCAAGAACAUCCCCAUGUGCAAGGAGGAGGAACAGAUGAAUUGA